CUCACAUCCUGCACUUCCAUCUCGUUCAUUCUGGCGCCCUUAAAAUUCAUGCUGAUUAUUCUUAGGAGUAAGGCCAAAGCCUAUCUGCUGCCAUCCAUUUUUCCGAGUUUCCCGUUCGGUGUCGUGCUCUGGGAGAUACUAACGCGCUGCGAAGGAAAAGGACAAGAAUGAGAUGGCUCAUACAGAGAGAAGGAUUUGCAUCACGUAUAUAAGGGAGUCGCACAUUCAGGCUGUUGGUACCAACACUCAACCGACCCUUCCUCAAGGACUCAACCGACUCUUCCUCAAGGCUCCAGACUUGCAAGAACCCUCACACGAACCUUCCUCACACAAACCAUCGCAAGAACCGUCGCAAGAACCUCCUACCUUGUCAUGUUGACUAGCAUCAUCCUCGCUGUGUUACUCAUGUGUCUCCGCUAUGGGUCGGCAGCUCCUGGAUCGGAGGCUCCUGAAUUACCGCCUCCAGGCCACUGCCGCUUUGAGAAGGACAAGGAUUUCCGAGAAGUGCAAGCCUUCUUGAGCUUUGGGAUGGACCGGACGCUGUUUGGCAAAGAGGGCAAGACAAGCGACGCAGGCUAUAUAUACUAUCCACAAAGUGGCAUCGCUUCGGCCGUUGGCCUCUGUUUUGGAGGGCAAAUGUCGGAUAUUGUUGUACCCCGUUCCAAUGCUUGUCCAGUAUUUGCAGCCCCGAGACGUCCAGGUGAAAUACCGCUUUGCAAGUACAAGGACAUGAGUGUCAAGGCGAGAUUCCGACUGACUAUGGUCGACUACCGCAACUGUAAGGCAGAGAAGUGCACGUUCACGAAGAAGGUGGGGGGAACAGAGAAGACGGAGGUCCAUGGUGACCUCAAGGCUGCUGGUACCAUCUUCAAGAGCGUCGGUGUUGAAGCAUCCAUCGGCGGCAGCACGGAGACCACAAAAACAUAUGAAAUCACGACGGAGGACCAGUUAGCUGCAGAGCAGUCGGCGUUCUUGGUUGGCGUCACGGUGGAACUGGUCACAAGCGUUGGAGAGAUCACUGUGCCUGGAGUUGGUGGCGAUAAAAGAGUUUGUCAAGAAGACAUGUAUAAGUCAACUAUGCCUGUCUCCAACAACUUUCUACUCACCAGCAAGUCGAAGACCCUGUGGUUGGACUGUAAUCUGUCGGACGCUCCUGUAAAGAGGCAGGUUAGCGAUGAUCCUGAGAAGAACUUUUGCUACUAUCUCGAUGCCGAAGGCAAUCCGGUAGAAGAAGAAUGCCUGAACUGAUGUGCAUCGCGCCUAAGUCACAGCCAUACAGAGAAUCUUUCAUAGCAGCCGUCCUUUAUCUUCAGCAACUCUUUUUUCCACUCAAAUUUUCAGAUAAAAUAAAUGAAAGGAGUUUAUCUCAAGUCAGCAUAGAAAAUAAACAAAGCUCACAUGCACACUAUGUUCUACAGCAAACAAUGCCUCGUUUGCGAGAGUCUUAAGUGAAUCGUGGGAAAGGCAAAGAGCUACGAUUAGACCGGACAACUAUUUAGUCAUUCGCUUUAUUAAGGUAAUUUAUGUUGCAAGAGUUUGCUCCGCGCCUCUCCUGACAAUCUCGCUUUCACAUCUGUUUAAAUAUUAAAGAACUUGAAUAUCAUGCUCAUCGAUGCCUAUGCCAUGAAUUCGUUGCAAAAAAGAAAGAAAGAAAGCGAUUAGUGUAUCUUUUUGUUCAGAAAAACUUCCAUUAA